AUGGCCAGUAGUGAUGGAAGAUGUGCGGCGGGAGAGCGAGGCAGCGAGACGGGUGAGGGACAAACAGCCAGCAGUCUCGAGACACUCUACAUCCCUCGCGAGAAGUGUGUCUUCUCCUCCGAUCUCGAGGAGGAGUGGAGGAAGAGCAGCAAGCCGUUCCACGUGCAGGUUCCUCGCAAGCUCGGAGUGCGAGCCGCAAAAGAGAUGUGUAAGCGGCCGUGCAGCUUCUUCCUGGAGGGUCACUGUCGCCGUGCCGACUGCAAAUUCUCACACAACAUAUCCGGCAUCACGUGCCGCUUCUGGGAGGAGGGAAGCUGCUUCAAGGGCAUCACGUGUCCCUUCCUGCACGGCUACCCCACAGAAGAGCAGUUGCAGCGUGGGCUAGCUUCGUCUCCGAGCACCUCGGACAAUGAAGCCAUGUUUGAGUUGGAACUGGAAGCGAGGGAGGAGAAGGGGAAAGAGGAUGAGGAUGUGGCGACGUCGGACGGCAGUGGUGGCAGCAGUAAGUCGGACGACAGCAGCGCCCGUGCGCGCUACCAACGCGUGCGCCGCAAGCUCGCGCGCAUCUCUCACCCCAGGAACAAGGUGUUCAAGUCACAUUCCAAGUCUGCGCCGAUCGACAUCAAGGCCAGGAAGUAGCGGGGGCGGUGACGAUUCUGUCCUGUCGUCAUACGCGUGGGGACAGACGUAAGGAGUAAUCGACCGCCUCCCUGUCCUCCCUAGAAGCCAGUCGAAGCUGAAUGCCAUCGGAUGAUGGAUGGAAUGGAGGGUGACGCGUCGGCGCAGCGUGGAGAGCGAUAUCUUGCCGGUUUGUUGAUCGGCAAUCCGCCGGCGUCUCGGCGGUUCGUUUUGUUUUAACGCGCGUCCUCGUGAGGUAUCAGGAAGUGUCUUGCCUGUGACAGACGGGCGCAUGGGGCUCGCGCUCGCGCGCGACAGAAAAUCCACUAAAAAGAAGUUCGUUCGUAGUUUACGUGUUGUUGUUUUAAAAAAAAUGUUUUUACGCGCGGCGAGUGCUCCGACCUGUUUUCUGGUCGCCUCUACGCACGUGCGCACACUCGUAUAAAAUGCACGCUCGCCGCUAGUUACGUUAUAGUAGGCUGUAGUAGCGGAACUGCUGAUGUUUACGCGAUGGUGGGAGAGUGACGAUGCCCACGCGUGCGGCUUUACAAUGCCCUGUAACCCCGCACGAGCGGACGCUGUAACCUCUCUGGUGAGGUUAUCUCUGCCUGGCACAAUCCCAAGUAAGUGCGAUGGUAAAAGCGCGUCCGAUUCGUCCGUAGUCUGUUCUGUCCAGAGAGAGAUGCAAUGUGAAAUCGUGGGGGCAUUUGUGAGGACGUUUGAGGUCAAAGGUCGUUUCGCCAUUUACUUGGCUUCAUAGCUCACCCUUCCCUCUCCCCCGAAGUAACAGCCCAGUGUUAACAUUUGAUUAGUAGUGUUGCCCGGUCUUUACAUAGCAUUAAUAUAUAGAUAUAUUAUCAAAAAAACAGAUAAUUUAUUUAUUAACGGAGAGAUAUUUUAAUGUAUAUUAUAAUCGUCUCGUGCGGUGUUAGAGAGUUGUGCCAGAUUUUCACCAAAGAUUUCGAAGCCAGUUUGACCGCACGUUCGUUAACUUCUCGUCCUCUAGGCACCGGUUUGCUGGCAGCUUUCCCCGCAACCUAUCUAUGCAACCCUUCUCCUUGAAGCCUUAAAGCGGGGGAGAAAGGAAGCCGGAGCGUAGUAGCGCCGGCAAGUGACGCUAGGGGGCGCCACCUCGGUGCUCCGCUCACUACUAGCGCUACUAGAGGGCGCAUUGGCAGCACUCCGCACGCAGGCUGCGCCACUAGAGGGAGCAAACGCAGCAGCGGUCACGCGGCCGCGGUGAUUGUGCCACCGUCGUCUGGCCGUCGAAGCAUUUUUCAGUCGUGUCGUAGACCCCACCACCCGCCCCUGCCCCCUGCUCUGUGUAAUUGAUGCUGUUAUUCGGAGGUUGAAUGAGGGAGAGGCACUGUAGAGACGUUGUGUGCACGAGUCGUUGACUCGUCCUCAACUAGGGGGGGGGGGACUAUCUGUCACCUCCUAACUUUAAUUAACGUCGCAAUUCUGUUCAGCAGCAUCUAUUUGUGCCUGUCGUGAAUGGCAGGUGGCGCCACGUGUGAUCUGGUCGUAGUGCGUAGGAUUUGCGCUAGAUCGGUCGAUGUUUUGCAGGAGUUACUACUGCAUUUCUAGUUAACUGGCAAGCUUCUCUCUUAUCGUAGGAUUCGUGUCUAACAGUUCAGUUCUGUCGUGAGAGUUGUGACUAGCUAACGGUUCAUUCACGGUUCCGUAAGACUUGUAACUUGGCCGACAGUUUUGACAGUUGUUUCGUAAAAGUUGUGGCGAGCUAGCAGUCCAGUCGCAAUUUCGCGAGACUUGCGGCUAGUUUGUGUGUUUCAGUCUCCGUUUCGUAAGAGUUGUGACUAGCCGGUGUGUGUUCCGUGAGACUGACUAGCAGUUCAGUCGCUGUUUCGUAAAAUUUGUGGCUAGCUAACGGUGGAGACCCUGUUUCGUAAGAUUCAUGACUUAGGAAGCGAACAUAAGUUUGUUGCUUCACAGUCGUGGUGAUGUCGUCUGCACGUGUGAUAGGUGAGGCCGCAACUGGCGCCAUCUAUAACAGAAUGGUUUGUGUCUCCGUUGGCUCUCCUUGUGUUGCAUUAACGUUUGUUCAGCGUGUUUACGUGUAAAUCUAAAUAUUAUUAAUAUUAUUAUUAUAAUAAAUAUUAUUAUCAUUAAUAUUAUUUGUGUAACGCAGCACGGGAUGGCGUGCGAGUGACAUCGCAGCUUUCCCGUUUGGCAGGCCCCUGAAGUGUGCCUGCAUCACAUGUGGUCUGCGAUGCAUAUAUAUGUGGUUGGCACUAUACGUGUGUCGUAUGUUGUGUGCUGUGCGUUUAUACGUGGUUAUAAGUAGCACAAUCCAUACGUGGUGAAGUGUGUAGUGGCUGUAUACAUACGGUUAAGACCAGUCACACGUGCAGUACGCUUAAAUAAGUGGUUAGCACUAACCUGUCGCACAACACGCAGUACGUACAUGCACGUUGUCACCACCACCUACACGUGCAGUGCGUAUAUAUAUAUAUACAUAUACGUAAAUAUAUAUGUGGUCACAACUGUGACUGUAUAGUGAGAUAUGCAGUAAGCGUGCGUAUGCACAAACAGCACCUGCACGCAGCUGCUUGGACAGUGAAGGUGUCCGUCAGUGUUCUGAGCUCGGGACCGCAGCGCGGCGGUACUGCUUUAAAUAAAUCGCGCUGUAGUUGACCUGGCGUAGUCACGACCCCAGGGUCGAGUGCCAGCGCGCACCACCGGCGGCUUUCGACGCAACAGUGCUGCCACCACCGUGCGCGAGGGUAGGUGGCGCCACGGCGGCUUCGAACGGAAGCUUAGCAAAUUUAGUCAAUCGGUAUAUCGACGUUGGUCGUGUGUUUGUGUGCGUGUGUGUUUGUGCGUGCGUACCGUAUAUUCACGUAUAGAGACCAUGUUCGAGAGGAAAGAAGAAAACAAAAAAAAGAACAUGAAAAACCAUAAAAAUGUGUGUGCGCGCACGUGUAGUAGUAAAAUAUUUAGUAUAUAAUAAUUAAUUAAGAUGGAGAAAGUCGAGUGCCCGGUAGUGAUCUCACACCGCAGACACGACCCACAAGAGGUCACGCCCUGGGAGGUCACGCCCCGGGAGGUCACGAUCCGCAAGAGGUCGUGACCCGAUGAGCACUCGAGGCGCGUGCCGUGUGAGCACGCGCCGCCCGUAUCAAUCGUCUCACGAGUACGGGAAGCAAGAAGACGGGCCGGCCGGGGUCUUACAUACAUUACUGCAUCCCCGGCGAGGCUCGCGCGUAGAAGGAUGAAGACGGAGAAGAGCGAAAGUGAGGAAGAGAGCGACGUGAGACGUAUAACGUAGUCGAGCUGUAGGUGUCGUUCGCGAGGUAACGGCAGAGCACCUAGUGGCCGCCACCGUAGAGAGCCGGUAGCGAUGCGUGUACGCCCGCGAUCGUUCAUCGAACCGCGCUCGGGGGGGGGGGGGGUGCGACAUGCAAGUAGCCGUCUGUGGUGGUGGCAGACUAGGGUUGCGCGUUUAGCUGCCACCGCGACACAGUGUGUCUGCGGUUUUCUUGCACUGAGGACAGCUUUAUUUAGCCAGAGAGCGACGUGGGCUAGGACGCGUGAGUGCACGGCCGACACCCACCCAUCGCCGAGUAAUGAUCACCCCUCCCCCUGGUGUCAGUGGUAGACACCGCCGCUCUGGUUGUCCAUAUCAUAGGGGUCGGCUGGUGAGGACUAGGCUUUGGCGUCAGUGUCGCCGGCCAACCGUACCUAGAUGUUUACGUGGGUGCACCUACUAGUAGCGCGGCAUUCCUGUGUAGUACCACUUUUUUGAGUUUGUCCUUUUACGGACGGUAAUGUUAUUCGAGUUUUACGUUUAUGAAGCUGGUGGUGACGCGUGUUGGUGUGCCGGGGUGGCUGGCACCUUGGCGGUCCAGCCAUCGCAAGCGUGCGUGCAUGCGCGCGCACCGAUUGCGUUUUUUAGUCCCCUCCCGUGCGGCACAGAAUUUUUUUCGUCGACGAUUGCAAUUCGUCGGCACUCGAGCCCCCCCUCCCCCCGGCCACUCGUGUCACCCACCACAUCGUUACGAAUCGCGCUUAAGAUGGGUAGCGUUAAGGAGUGGCAAAGUUCCUGGCGCGGCAGUAGUAGUGGUGGAGACCUUCGGAAAAACGCCUGCAUUGUUUAGGAAACUGCACGUUUGCUUGCAAAGUUGCGCGCGAUUUCGAUGGGUAAAUAUUUCCGCGAAAAGCACCGAGGUGGCUGAACCGACACGCAGAUGCCGGACGAGCUUUUUUUUUGGUUUGCGAACAACGAGCUUUGCCACUCCACUUCGCCGCGGCAGCACUUCUCCCUGCACUGUAACUGUUGUGUAGCGGAGGUCGUUUGCUUAACAUAGGUUUGAUUCAGAAACGAGAUGGAAGAGAGUUCCUAAUUGCCUUGUUCAGCCUUGUUCAUUCUCAGAUGAAAUAAAAAGCUGCCAAUCGAA